GACUCGGAUUUGUACAAAAACGUGUCAAACAAAGCUUAUCUAAUCAAAGCCACAGAGAGAGAUAGAGAGAGUAGAGAAGCAUUUGAGAAGGGUUUCAAAGCGGCGCAUAUUAAGGAGAAGAAGAGAGAAGAUCAGAAUCUAUCUAUCAUCAUCAUGUCAACUGAAAACAUUCAACAUUCUUCCCUCCCUUCUCAAAGGCUUUUGGGCAAAGUGGCAUUGAUAACCGGAGGAGCCACAGGGAUAGGCGAAAGCAUCGCUCGUCUCUUCCACAAGCACGGUGCCAAAGUCUGCAUCUUCGACGUCCAAGACGAUCUCGGAGACAAAGUACUCAAAACUCUGUUAGCCAACUCGGAGGAUGAUGAGUCAGCUUGUUUCAUCCACGGUGACGUCACACAAGAAGACGACAUCAGCAACGCUGUUGACUUCGCCGUCAAACGUUUCGGGACCCUCGACAUACUCAUCAACAACGCAGGAGUAAGCGGAGCACCCUGCCCCGACAUCCGCAACAACAGUUUAACCGAGUUCGAAACCGUCUUCAACGUCAACGUGAAAGGAGCUUUCCUAGGGAUGAAACACGCGGCGCGUGUGAUGAUCCCCGCCAAGAAAGGCUCCAUAGUCUCUUUAUGCAGCGUUGGUGGUGUUGUCGGAGGCGUCGGUCCGCACGCUUACGUCGGUUCCAAGCACGCGGUUCUAGGUUUGACUAGGAGCGUUGCGGCGGAGCUGGGACAGCAUGGGAUACGCGUGAACUGCGUUUCUCCUUACGCGGUUGCGACUAACCUCGCGUUGGCUCAUUUGCCUGAGGACGAGAGGAAUGAAGGCGUGGUCGCUGGUUUCAGGAGUUUCGCGGCUGCGAACGCGAAUCUGAAAGGUGUUGAGUUGACGGUUGAUGACGUGGCCAACGCGGUUUUGUUUCUUGCGAGUGAUGAGUCGCGGUACGUGAGUGGUGAUAAUCUGAUGGUUGAUGGUGGGUUUACUUGCACUAACCACUCCUUUAAAGUUUUUAGGUGAUCGUUUAUUUUUAAUGUGCUGAUGAAUGUUGUGUUAGUGUCAGUGUGUGUCGAAUAAUUUAGCUGUGGAGCUUAUUGUUGUGAUUUUGAUUUUUCUCUUUAUGAUUGCAUUUGUAGAGAGUUUUUACAAAAUCAUGGAAGAAUGUUAUUUGCUUUUAGAAUAA